GAGAGUGGCAAAGAGUUUGAAUGCCUGGUGCUGGUUAACUCUGGGGGGACAGGGCUCCUGAUUGACCCAAGCUACAUGUGCAUGCUAAAGCUGAAGACAACAAAACUUGCCUAUGUGAUUCUGGCAUUCAACAUCAAUGGGUUGCUCAACCAAGUGGAGUGCAUAAUGCACACAGUCAACUUGGUGGUGUGCUGUGGUGCCCACACAGAGCAUGCAACAUUUCAUGUCUGCAGCAUUGGCUAUUGCGAGGUGAUUUUGGGCUUCCUCUGGUUGGCAAAGCACAACCUGGAGAUCAACUGGCAGGCAAAGACACAGGCAAUGGCACAACCAAGACAAGUGAGGGAGUGGUGA